CCUGUUUUUCUGUUUAACAAUGUUUGUGGUUUUGUUUAUAAAUAAUUUAUAUGUAUAGGAAAAAUUAUUAAGAAAAACAAAACAGCCAUGUCUGUGACCAAACCUCACUGUGAUAGUAUUGCUAAAUCGGAUUUGAAAAAAUGUGAAAAGAGAAUUCUUUCAUAUAACGAUAUUGCAACAAAAUUAUUAGAAGAUAGAUUCUUAUUAACUGCAUUAGAAUUACACACUGAACUUGUGGAAAAUGGGAGAGAGCUAAAAGUUUUAAGAGACUUUUUUUCCAACCCAGGAAAUUUUGAAUUACAAAUUCAGGAAACUACUAGUCGAUUGUCAAGAUCUGGAAGUCAAGUAACACUGGAUAGUUUAGAUCUGACUAGAUAUUCUGAAGAUGGUGCAGCGGGUGAUGAAAGAGUAGCUGUUUUAGAAUUUGAACUUAGAAAAGCUAAAGAAACUAUAAAUGCUCUUAGAAACAAUCUUACUUUUGCUAUAGAAUCAGAAUCAAGCACACCUGAUAAAGGAUCUUUGAGAAAUAUUUCCUUUGCUACAAUUAAACCACAUGAGCAAAGGGCUUUAAACUUUCUAAUUAAUGAAUAUCUUCUCUUACAAGGUUACAAAUUGACUUCCAUUACAUUUGCAGAUGAAAACCAAAAUCAGGAUUUUGAUGAUUGGGAUGACGUUGGACUUAAUAUCUCCAAACCACCAGAAUUGCUUCACUUAUAUAGGGAAGGUUUAAAGCAGAGUGGCCAAAAUGGCAUAAGUGUUUCAACCCAAACAGAUUUUAUACAUGAUAUAGAGAAAGAAGAACUUAUUAAAGAGCAGGAAUUUGAAAUCGAAAAAUUAAAAUCUAAACUAUACAUAACAGAAGCAGACGUUUUGGAACUGAAGUCGAUGAACGAACAGUUGCUAAAAGAGAACAAACUAAACGAAGCUAUGCAUAUUAAUUUGACAGUAGAAAAAGCAGCGCCUGACACGAAGUGUUCAGAAACUUCGGAUUCACCUGAGCGAUUCGAAAUCAUCGAUAAAAAUAUGCCUUUGUUUAAGAAAAACGACUUGGAGGAUACAAUUUCCAAUAAUAGCUUUAACGUCAACGAUUGGACAUCUUUGAGUAUGCCUGAAAAAGAGACUUGUGAAGAAAAUGUUGUUUUUAAAGAACUCGAUUUUAGUAAUUUGAGCUCUCACUGUUACGUUAAAGAAGUAUUCUCUCUCUGUUAUCUAAAUAUAGACCAAAACGUGGAUAGCGAUAUCAUAGGCGUGCUAAAUCAGGAAAUAACUCUGGAAGUACUAGUCCAUAUCGUCUCUCAGACGUUACUAAAUAUUAUUCCCAACAUUAUUUUGAACAAAAGGGAGGAAGUGAUACCUUUGUUGAUGGCCUCAAUUUAUUUAAACCCAAAAGCUUCAGAGAGAGACAAACUUUUGCAACAGUUGUUUAAUUUGAAGAAGAAACCAACAGAAAGUGAAAGAUUAAUUAUUCUUACCGGUAUAAUAGGUAUUGCAAAGUAUGCUGGCGAGCAGUUGGUAGAAAACGAAAUUUUGCCGCAAUGUUGGUUACAACUUACCCAUAAAUAUUUAGAAAGGCGUCUAUUGGUCGCAGAAGCUUGCACAGUUUUAAUACCAUACGUUUCUAAUCCUAUUCGAAACUCUUUGAUUCUUUCUAUGCUUCAACAAAUGCUUGAAGACAAAGAAGAUCCGGUAAGGGAACAAAUUGUAAAAGCUCUGGCUUUGUUGUUUUCCACGUGUGACGAUAAAGACAAGUAUAACCAGUGCGAACAGAUAGCUUUAAAUACUCUAAACGAUUCCAGUAAUUCAAUAAUUAACCUAAGUACUCAAAUCUUGUUUCCAGUCCUAGCCAGGUGGGCCUUAAAAAUCGGUAUUUUAAAUUCUAGUCUGUUAAAGAAUCUACUGCAUUUAUUAAAUAAUUACAUAAAAAAUACGGAAUCUCAAACGAAACUCAGCCAAGCGACUGAAAAAGUGCACAGAGUGGUGUGCGUUAUUGACAAUUUACUUCCGUUCUUAUUGAUUUCUGUUGCCUUUAAUGAACAUGUGAUUAGUAAUAUUGAGAAGGAUAUAUCAGUAGAGUUAAGAUCAGAUUUUGUGAAAUUAUGUACGCCCUUAACGAAUCCAGUCAGUUUCCAUAAAACAGACUAUAGCUGUGGGACGCUGUUACAUGAAUUCGAUAAAUAUAUUUUGGAAAAUCCCAAUGUUUCCUGGACAGAAAUGGACUGGAUGGUCGACAUUAUGUUGCCUGACCUUUUCAACAAUUUGCAUCACGUUGACCUCUCUCAGCAAUCUAUCGUGGAAAUAUUUAUAAAUUUAUUUUCGCAUAUCUACAUAGUGUUUGGUAAAAACUUUACCAGGUACAAAAUCCGUCCUAUAUUACAGAAAAAAAUUCAAAAUCUCGAGCAGGUCGUGAGUAGUUUCAAUCAGUUUUGUCCCAGUUUGAAUAUUAUUCCUAUCUACCUCACUGCGCUCAUUUUUACGGAGGACUACGAUGAGGUUUCCAGCAUUUUGAAGAAAUUUUUAUGUGUUCUGCCUUUGUGUGGAACGCCUCUGGAUUCGCUGGAUUUAACAGUGCGCAAACUGUGCGAGUGUGGAUUGCAGGAACUAGUUGUGGACUGUCUUUGGUCCGCAGUAGUACACCAGAGACCUCUAGUAAAAUCAGCCGCAGCUAGUUUAUUUUGUAGCAUAGUGGGCAGUUGCAACGAGGAAUUAUUAAAGUCCAAAGUAACUGCUGCUAUUGUAACAUUAGCUAGUGACAACGACAUGCUUGUGAGAACAGCUACGUUGCCUGCUUUAGGGAGUUUAGUUAGAAAUUGUAGAGUUAAGGAGAUUCACGACAAAGCAUAUAUGCAAUUACAAACCUUUACUUCUGAACCUUCUUUGAAAGAGAACCAUUCUCUUCUUAGGCAGCUGAUAGUAACUCUUGGAGAUAUAGUCAAUAGCAGCAGUAGUUCUUUUAGGAAUGACAUAAUUUUACCACAGCUUGUAAAUUUUUCGAUUUACAUGUCGCAAAUGACGAAUCAAACUCGGAAAGUGGACUUAGCUUUAGCUCUGAUAGAAGCUUUCACUCACGUAGUUUAUAGUCCUUUGAACAAGCAAAGUAUAAGUUCAGCAGUAAAGGCGGGAUUAAAAUCUUUAGAAACUGUGAUUUCCGAAAACCAGUCAUUGUCAAUCCACUACGAAACGGUCCUGGGCAUGAUAAAAGAAUGUGAGAACAAAUCAAGUCAGAAUUCUCCGAUUUCGCCGAGGGAGAAAGGCAACAGCGCGACAUCUUUAAGUCAAAACGUCAACCAGGGCGUCGAAGAGAUGCGGCAGAGAGUAUGGUUGGUAAAGUUAUGCCUGGAAAGGGCUUUUACACAACAUAUUUACAUGUUUCGAAAUAUAAAUACACAAGAGCAACAAAAGUAAGUAACAUCCGUCCAUAGUUCAUUGGUGGCGUUGAAAAAAUUAUUGGGAGGUAACAAGUAACAAAAUAAAAUAAAAAUCCUUAUAAUAGAUAUAUAAGCACAAGCACAGAUACUGUAGUCUGUAUAAUGUUCGUUCAAUUGUUGUAUGCUGUGUCUGAAAUCAGUUCAUAUUGUUUAGAAAACUUCAAGUACGUUCCGAAAUUAAUAAGAGAGCUCGUUCCGAUUUUAUUAAUAAGUAAGAACAAGUAGGUAUGUUCGACCUUACUUCAUUUUGAUUGUGUUUCAAUUCAUCAUUUUAGACGCACAUUCCAGUUCUAGUAAUAAACAUUUUAGUAACAGACGGUUUGAAUUUUUUUUGACAGCGUAGUCGAUUUUUAAUUUUGACACUGAUCGAUAUACGUCGACAAGAUCAUAACCACAAAAAUUAAAGGAUAGUUACUAGAAACAACAUGCAGUGAUUUACGAAAUAUCGUAAUGACUGCUACAAUCUAUUUCAUCCCGUUUUAACGUGAAAGUAUACCGGGUGCGUCUCAAAAGUGGCUCACCCCUAUAACUUUUUU